GUGUGUGGUCCAACAAUUCCAAGGGACUGCAAAAGUAUCACCAUGUACAACGGUGUGUGUUUUCACAUGGACCGAUCUAAUACAUUUGGACCACCUGUACCUUCUUCUCCAGACGUGUGCCCGACACAAGUAGACAUUGCUUUUCUGUUGGAUGGGUCAGGCAGCGUAUCUGUCUCUGAUUUUCAAACAAUGACGACGUUUGUGGAAGAUCUAAUCCAGGCAUUUCUGUCAGUUGAUGCACAGUUUUCUGUUUCCCAGUUUUCCUCGUUACCUCGGGUUCAUUUUUAUUUCAAGAAAUUUUCCUCAUCUGGAUCACUAAAGACUGAAAUCGAUGGAAUCACACAGCUGGAGGGAUCUACUUACACAGCUAAGGCCAUCAGACAUGUUGUAAACAAUGUUUUCACACCACAAAGAGGUUCCAGACCAGAUGUGAAGAAAGUCUUGAUAGUAAUUACUGAUGGACAAUCUAAUGACCGGUAUGACCUGGGAAAUGCAGCACAGCAAGCAGGGAAUCAAAACAUUGUUCGAUUUGCUAUUGGGGUGGGGAAUGCAUUUAUUCAGACUGAAGCAAAAAAAGAACUACGCACCAUUGCAUCGUCUCCCUCAGACAAUCACGUGUUUCAAGUGCAGAACUUCAACGCACUUGAAAUAAUCCGGCAGAGUUUGCAGGACAAAAUUUUUUCCAUUGAAGGAUCUCAAACCGGUGGAGUCUCUCUGAAAAUGGAAAUGUCUCAAGAGGGAUUCAGUGCAGUUUAUGUGCCCGAGGGAAUUCAGAUGUCUAUUGUUGGUGCAAACCAGUGGAAGGGAGGCUACGUGCAAUACACAACUAGGAGGCCAGAAGCUGAAAACAUAUGAGGAUGUGUCUUUGGAGCCUGACAGUUAUCUUGGUUACUCCAUGGCAACUGCUAAAACCCAAAGUGGUUCCCUGACAAUUGUUGGUGCUCCAAGAUAUAAACACAGAGGAGCUGUGGUCGCUGUUAACAGAGAAAGCUUU